CUUCGUAGCAACCAUCUCGAACGCAAAUGUCAAUAGAGCAACUCAUUGAUGAUGCAGCAAGACGAUUAGCAAUUGAAUCUAGAUCACUUCUCGGUCUUCCGGAAGAUGAACAAGGGUGCAAAUCAGGCAAAUGGCUACAGAUUCUUCAACAACCCCCAUCUGCCUUGCAAUUCUCACAACAUGUUUCUCGACAUAUACCACUUUUGAUCGAGAAUUGUAUACAGGGCAGGCCUUGCUGGACGAAAUGGAGGGGUACAGACUAUUUGAUAGAUGCCAUGGGGUCACGUAAAGUACAAGUCGCUCUCACACCAAAUGGCAGAGCAGACGACAUUCAUAACCAUAACGGAAAGGAUGUAUUCGCUUUACCGGCUGAGGCUCAAAUGACAUUUCGCGAAUUGUUCAACGCUUUUGAUGAAGCCUCCAAAUCGUCUGAGAAUACCACAAUAGCCUAUCUGCAAUCUCAAAAUUCCAACCUGACAGCAUCGAUAGAAGACGGUAGUGGAGACCUCUCUGUCCUUCUUAAAGAUGUCUUACCGAUAGAAGGUGAUGACAAGAACCCCAGGACGAAAAGCGGUAGCUAUCGAUGGGCAGACGAAGCUCUUGACUGUGAGCCUGAAGCGACGAAUCUAUGGAUAGGCACCGAAAAGAGCAAGACAUCAAUGCAUCGUGAUCACUAUGAGAAUCUGUUCUCAGUUAUUAGAGGUACAAAAAUCUUUACAUUGUAUCCGCCAUGUGAAGCACACUUUCUGUGCGAAGACGAGCCAUUCGAUGUAUUCCAAUGGUCUAAAAGAAAAGACGAUGAUUGGAGCCUUGAACAAUCAGACACCCCUCCGACCCCAUGGAUCCCAAUCGAUCCGACACAGUCAUCUUCUUCUGAGCGGAAUGCGCGCUAUCCACUCUUUUCCAAAGCACUUCCACCGUUGACGAUCGAAGUCAAAGAAGGUCAAACGCUGUAUUUACCUGCAGGUUGGUUCCAUCACGUAGCACAAAAAGGGGAUAAGGAAGGUGUUUGUAUUUGUGUGAAUUGGUGGUAUGAUUCGCAAAUCGCAUUUGGGGAUAGAUGGGCACUAGAAACUUUUGUAAAGGAAGUUGGUCAGAUUUCGCGUGGGAAAGAUCCGACUGAAUCGUAAUCAUUUGUAUCAUAGCUUCAGCAUUGUUUAGCACACUCGCACUUGUACCAAUCAUGUGUAGAAAUAAAGUAUCAUAUUUGCUAAUCGUACA